GUGAUCAAAUCUCUCUCUCUGAAGUUUUUCUCUUGAUACAACAACAAGAUGAAGUUACUCUGCUGGAUGCAUCGAAAGUUUCGCCAGAAUACCAAUGAAGCUCUUAAAGCUCUUGUCAUUGGACAAUCAUCAAUUGAUGAUCAACAAUACUUCACAAAACCAAACUAUGGCAAUACCACCAGACCCUUGAAACAAGUCCAGAGAGACAAUUACAACAACAACAACAACCUCCGAAAAUCCUUCAAUGGUCUAGAAGAUCAAGAAGACUACGAAGAUCACGAGGAAUCAUCCGACGCAAUCUCCGACCUCUUCCACGGCUUUCUCGCAAUCGGAACCCUCGGAUCAAACGACCAGAUCAACAUCACCGACCACCCCGCGACACCAACUUUCUCGAUCUCCGUCGAGAACAUCACCGAGAAGGAGACCGAGGUGACCGAGAACGAACUGAAGCUCAUCAACGAUGAAUUGGAGAAAGUUUUGUCGGCCGAAGCACCGGACGACGGCUUCAACGAGUACUCUUCCGGAAGGAACAGCCAUGUCAGUAAUGGAAGGAGCAGCCAUGGAAGCAUCAUAACGCUCAGUGGCAAGGCUGAUCAGGACGGGAAUACUACCGCUGUUUGUCCCCUACAAGGUUACCUUUUCGGGUCCGCGAUCGAGUUGUCGGAAACGACAACGACGGUUGUGCAGGCCAAGAAGGAGCACAGGACAUCUCUUGGCGAGCUUUUUCAGAGAAGCAAAGUUGUGGAGGAGAGUAAUGGUGGUGGAGGGAAAAACGACAAGGAUAUGAUUCAUCAGGAGAAGAUGAUGAGGUCGGAAAAGGAAGGUGACAAAUCCGCCAUGAACAUGAUGAAGAAGAAGCUUAAGAAGAAAAUGCUACAUGCUUCUUCUCGAACAGGAGGUACUACUACUACUGCGGGUGGUGGUGGACCAGGUGAUCCGGCUCCGACAGAAACUAAACUGCACAAGAUACUCCAUAUGUUCCACAGGAAAGUUCACCCUGAGACCUCAGCAACUGUGUUGAAGUCUAGUAAGCGACAAAAGAAUGAACAGAAGAAGAAAACGACACAUGAAUAUGGCGGUGCUGGCAACAAUGGAGGACAAGUUCACCCAGAUCAUGAGGAUAUCAUAUUAUGUCCUCAGAGAGCUCUCUUUCUGAAGCAGAAAAUACGGCGCUACAGAAGCCAGUCAAACCCACCCCAAUUCACAUUUGGCAGCAUUGACUCUAACGGGAACAGGGAGCAAUGGAUCAAAACUGAUGCAGACUACCUAGUCUUGGAGCUCUGAACUGCAUGCAGAGGAAAGCAAGUUGUCUUCUAAGUUCUUGAUUA